AAUCAGGCCUAUUCCAUGACGUUUACAACGUGGCUUAGGCGACUUAACGAAACGUGGCAUUCCUUCUCCAAAUUGGAAAGAGAUAGCGUCUUAGACCUUUAUUAAUUGUAUCAAUUAUUAGAUUUACUGGUUACAUCAUGUUUAAACUAACAUUACUCUCAAUCGCUUUGCUACUAUUUAGUCAGCUGGCACUUGUAUCAACAGAAGAACCAGAAAUUAAAGAGGAAGAAAGAGUUCUUGUUUUGGAAGACGGAAACUUUGACCAUGCAGUUAGUAACAACGAAUUUAUUCUUGUUGAAUUCUAUGCACCUUGGUGCGGACACUGCAAACAACUGGCCCCAGAAUACGCCAAGGCUGCCCAGAAGCUCUUUGAUGAAGGCUCCCCUGUAAAGUUGGGCAAGGUUGAUGCUACCGUUGAAAAGAAAUUGGCCGAAAAAUUCAAGAUUGGAGGCUUCCCCACUCUUAAAUUCUUCAGAAACGGAAACCCAACCGACUACAAAGGUGGAAGACAAGCCAACGAUAUUGUAAAUUGGGUAACUAAGAAGAGCGGUCCCCCAGCCAUUAAUUUGGAAAAUGUUGAAGCUGCUAAAGCUUUUGUUGACAAAGAUGAUGUUGUUAUUGUAGGUUUCUUUAAGAAUGCUGAAGAUGCUGAAGCAAAGGCUUUCCUUAAUGUUGCCGCAGCUUUUGAUGAUUUACCAAUUGGCAUUUCUUAUGAUGAAGCUGUAAAGAAGGAAUAUGAAAUGGAAAACGGUGUUUCAAUGUUCAGAAAAUUCGACGAUGGUAGAGUAAAUUACGAUGGAGAUUUAACUGUUGAAGAUGACUUGACCAGCUUUAUCAAUUCAAACCGUCUUCCAUUAGUCAUUGAAUUCACCCAAGCCAGUGCAUCGAAAAUCUUUAGUGGUCCAAUUAAAAAUCAUCUUCUCCUUUUCUUGGAAAAAUCUAGCGAAACUUUCGAUGAUCUUGUAGCCAAAUUCAAAGGAGCCGCCUCCAGUUUUAAAGGACAAGUUCUUUUUGUUUACUUAGACGUUGUUGAGGGUGAAAAUAAGAGAGUCUUGGAAUUCUUUGGUGUUAGCGAUAAAGAUGCUCCAACUGUUAGAUAUAUAUCAUUGGAACAAGAUAUGGCCAAAUUUAAGCAAGACUUUGAUGAUAUCAAUACUGAAAAUGUUAAAGACUUUGUUGAAAGAGUUAGAGAUGGAAAAGUUAAGCAACAUCUCAAAACCGAGAAUAUUCCUGCAGAUUGGGAUAGCAAAGCCGUUAAAGUCCUAGUUGGGGAAAACUUUAACGAUGUUGCCAGAAAUGCUGACAAAGCCGUUCUGGUUGAAUUCUAUGCACCAUGGUGUGGGCAUUGUAAAAAUCUCGAACCAAUUUGGAAUGAAUUAGGUGAAAAAUAUGCUGAGCGUUCAGAUAUUGUUAUUGCUAAAAUCGAUUCUACUGCAAACGAAAUUGAAAAUGUUAGCAUUCGUGGAUUCCCCACUAUCAAAUUUUUCCCUAAAGGAUCUGACGAAAUAAUAGAUUUCAAAGGGGAAAGAACUCUCGAUGGUUUCUCCAAAUUCCUUGAUGAAAACGUAGGAGUCGCUGCCGAUAAGAAAGAUGAACUUUAG